AUGAGAUUGAAUGUCAGCCAUAUUACAAAGAAUCCAAUAGUCAUGGUUUCAGCCAUUUUAGCCAUUCUUGGUUGGCUUUUGAUGUUUAUUGGAGCUUGUAUGAUUGGAGGAGCUGGUGUAUUUUGGUGGAUUGUUGUCUAUGAGUUACUAUUAUUAAGUGGUAUACUAUUCAGCAUUUAUAAACAAGUAUUUCACCAUUAUCAGCUUGCAUUUUUGGUGUUUUUGAGCGUUAGUAUCGCAUUAUUAACGCAAUCCGUCGGUAGCAUGCUCAAUCGCUAUUAUUCUGGAUUUCAAGUAGCAGGAGUAGGAUCUAUCUUUUUGAUUGUGAUGCAAUUUUUUUGGAUCAUUUUAUUUGGAAGUACAACAGAUUCGGCUGUGUUUCAAUACAUCUAUGCGACCCAUAUUCCAAGGACUUUUGAUACAGCCAAAGAAAGUAAAUUGGCACUUGCCGCUGUUCAAGAGGAAGAAUAUAUCAGUACACCUCAUCCUCAUCCCACUCCGAUUAUGACAGGACAAGCUCCAGUAAACAUAUUUGCGACUGCACUUCAUCCUUAUCAAGCAAAUCCUGAAGAUCCUAAUGAACUUUCAUUUGUUAAAGGAGAAACAUUAGAAAUCCUAAAUCGAACAGGAAAUUGGUGGCAAGCUAGAAAAAGUGAUGGUAGCAUUGGCAUUGUACCAAGUAAUUAUUUUGCGCCUUAG